AAGUAGUAAUUUGUUGUAACGUUUUUCUUCCGUUGCUCCUGACAACUUAAAUACACAGCAGGGCUAACCGCUAAAUAUCAGCUUUAUAUCAGAAUCUCAGAUUUCGACACAAUACUUUCCCAGUAAACGUAAAAAUGGCUGAGGUCGAAGAAACUCUGAAGAGGAUCCAGGGUCAGAAAGGAGUUCAGGGAAUCAUCAUCGUCAAUUCUGAAGGAAUUCCCAUCAAAUCGACCAUGGACGACCAGAGCACGCUGCAGUACUCCGCUCUGACCCACCAGCUGGUGAUGAAGGCCCGGGUCACCGUGAGAGACCUGGACCAGCAGGACGACC